UACACUCUUAGCUAUCCCUUUACUUUUAAGCUGAUUCACUGAACCAUGCAGUGAAGUUUUGCUUAUAAGACUAGACACCUCACAGAACCACCAGUUGAUCGAAGGGCAAGUCAUUAGGUUGCUGAUUCUGCGGUCGUACCUCUAAUCGAGUUGGACUCUUCGUUGUGUAAUCUCAAUAGAUAGUUCCACUGCAGAGCGUGGAGAUGUCCAUUGAAGAGGCAAAGGAAGAGCACGUAUAGGCUUCAAAUGUCUAGAGUUUAUUCUAUUGCCAAGCUUUGAGCUAGUCUGUGAUCUCUAAAUGUCCUCCUCUACCCCCUGGGGUGCUGCAGACCUGCCAUUCCAGCUAACAUUCCCAUCUGAGUUGUACCAAGCUAAAUUUUGAUCGACAGUUUUCAUCAUCGCGAAGGCUAUGCAUAUACAAAGUGCCCAGAGAAUCUUGAAUUGAAAUACAGUAGGCUGAAGCGGAUGUAGUGGAGGGAACGCACGAUUCGGCUAUGGAAUCGUUUCUUUCCAGAGCAUCACGCAGCUAUUCUGAGACUCGGUGAUUGGUGUGCACAUGAACCAGUCGACAACUAGUCAUAGAAAGGUGUAAACCUCUAAAAGAUAGAAUGCUACGAUUUACUAAAACAGUGAAAGUGUGAGUUACACUUCCGGACAUAACUGACGAAACCAUUUCGGGUUUGGAGUAUUGAAGCUGUAGUGAGCUUGAAAGAUAUUUCCUGUGGACGAUUCGUUUCAAUUGACUUUACUUCUGAAGCAUUGUAGGUGUAGAGAUUUCAGUGAUAGUCAUGGAUAUUGAAUUGGACGACUUUUUUCAAUGGCAGAUGCCAUUCAGUGCGUUGCUAGCCGAUAUUGAGAUUCCUGAGAGCAGCAUUGAUGAUAUUCUGGACAUUGAGCUUCCCGAUAUCAUUCAAGAUAGUCAUACACUCUCUGCUCCCGUCUCUGCUGAUGCUGAAUCAAUUUCCCCUAACUCCUCCUUUGGUUCUGAUAAACAAACUUCAAGUCCUUUAUGGUCUUGUGAUAUUCCAGCCCCUGCAUCGAACUGUAAAAACUUACUUCCGGCAGUCAAUACCCCUUCAAAUUCGUUCCCCUCCAUCUCCGAUCCUGUAGGAUCACCACAAUCGUCGACUGUACCACUCCCGGGGGCACAGUCGCUGACGGUAUCCCAUGAGGCACCGGUCACUCCACCAGCUGCCAAACCGAAGAGAACCCGCGCAGUGAGAGCGUCGACGAAGAAAUCGACGAAGGCGAAACCAAAACCUGAAGCUGCGGUCGCCGAACCCCCUAAGGAAUCACGAUUGCCUACUCAAGCAGAGCACAUCAUACGAGAGCGCCAGCGCCGAGAUGACAUGGCUGCCAAGUACUCGAUUCUGGAGUCAUUGCUACCCCCGGCAGCAAAACGUGAAAGGGCUGUGGUGGUUGAGGACGCAAUGUCGUUUGUGAAAAACCUGCAACAUAAGAAGAGCGAGCUUUUGAAGCGUCGAGCUAAAUUGAAAUUGGCGGCGCAACACCAAUCUGUUAAUGGUCUAUCCCCGCGCCAUGAUAAGGGGAAGUGGUUAAAGACUGCGCAUGAUUCUUCCGGGGUGAUAACCACAUCCUGCGUGAAUCAAUCUACGGAAAAUUGUAGGACAGAUUCACCCAUAUCUUCGUCAAUCAUGGUGCGAGAUUUGAUGGUGAAGCCGAUUACGAACGCCUCAGAGGAUCUAAACAUAGAUGCGAAGCCUGUCCAUAUCUACGUGCAUUUCUCAGAGAAGGAGAUCGUCAUUGAGAUGGUGUGGAGUCAACUGCUUCGUAAUUUUCACAGCUUUCUGCUGCAAGCAGUGGAAUCGUUUGGUUUGGAUGUGACUAGAUGUAGCCUCCAGAGACUGACUCGUGGAGUUGUGCAAUGCAUCAUCACAUGUACAAAGUCACCAGCAUUAACGACGCCGUCGGAAAUAAAAUCCUCUGGAACCUUAAUUGAAGCGUUAAGGAAAGUUUUGAUUCAGCCUUGAUGUUCAUUAGCUCUGGCAACUUCUCUCACAAUGCACUGCUCUACCCUUCGCGACUUAACUCUGCGUAAUUGUACCUUGCUCACCCUCUCAGACAUUGCAGAUUAAAAAUCGUUCACUUUUCGUCAGAUGUAGUAGGUAUAUGAAAUGGGGUCAAAUUAUGUAACUAGCGCAUUGGUGUACCAGCGAUAGUGAUCUUAGAAAGUCAGGUGCCAUGAGUUACUCCUUCAGGCCUGUGUGUUAGUAGGGCCAUCCGGCUCUUGAGCACUUCUGCAAGUUUUAGUAGUUUUUUAAAACCACGAAGGAACCAGAUUCUGUUCCGCCGUUUUCUUGCUCGACUUCAAGUGCAGCUGCUACAGUGAAGGAGAACAACGGUGGAAGUUCCAUGAUUUAAAGCUAAUGUUAUGGACUCAUCACCAUUUUGAAGAGAUGUCCCAGACUCCGGACCUUCAAUGACCUUGUCCUGUUUAAAGAUGCUUUUCUGUAACCAGAGUUCCACUGGAAACAGUAAGAAGAAUUUCAGGUUAGGAUCGUCAACAGUCGUCAAAGACGACGGUAAUCUUCAUCCACGAAACCGGGUAGUAAUCCACAGAUCACUUGUAGGAGCAGCCACUGUCGAGUUUGUAGCAUCUCGUUUCACAGUAAGUGUACAGUGAAAAAAGCUUUUGAUUAGCCACUGGAGCACUAGAAAGCGCUCUAGUAGUGUGCAUCGCCCGGAAAUAAUCCCAACUGGCCGUCUAGUUUCUAAUAGGUUUGAGCACUGAUCACCCAAAAUCGUCCAUUUGGAAACAGAGUUGGGUUUGCAGACGAUAAAAAUGUGUGUACUUUUCACUCUUUUCUGCAAUGAGAAUAGUGUCGUCCUUUAAGCGUGUCCAACGAAGAAGGCGCAGGCCAGGGUUUUUGAAA